AUUAAUUAUUCUUUACAAGGGGAAACAAAAAAAUCUUGUUUCUAUAUAUAUAUAUAUAUAUAUAUAUAUAUAUAUAUAUAUAGGGAGUAUAUAUUGGUGAAUAAUAAUGUCUCAAGAUUAUAUAUAAGAUCCCAAUCAAAUAUAUAUAGUCUGGCAGCAGUUAUCAGCUUCUGUACAGGAAAGUUAUUAUUUCCCAAAUAUUUGAAUAAUUAAUUCAUAAUGCAUAGUACUAUAUCAUAUCCAAGCUAAAAGAAAAGAAAAAAAAAGAAGAAAAAAUAAAAUGUCCAAGGGUAGGUGUUCUUGGUCACUGGGUUGGCUAAUUUCAUGGUGCGUCGGCUUUGUAAUUAUUGGUGUGAUUGGGGGCGUUGUUGAUGCAUGGAGCAAGGAGGGGCAUAUCUUCACUUGUACCAUUGCACAGGGUCUUCUGAGGGAGGAGGCGGCAGAGAGCGUUAGAAGGUUGUUGCCGGAGUACGUGGACGGCGACUUGUCGGCGCUGUGUGUAUGGCCGGACCAAGUGAGACACUGGUAUAAAUACCGUUGGAGUGCUCCACUCCAUUUCAUCGACACUCCUGAUCAAGCCUGCAACUUUGAUUAUCAGAGGGACUGCCAUGAUGAACAAGGAGUGAAGGAUAUGUGUGUUGCUGGGGCCAUCCAAAACUUCACAACUCAGCUCUCUCAUUACACGCCAUCAUCUUCCGACCCUCCAUAUAAUAUGACGGAGGCUCUUUUAUUUUUGGCACACUUUAUGGGAGAUAUCCAUCAGCCAAUGCACGUUGGGUUUACAAGUGACGAAGGAGGAAACACCAUAGACUUGCGUUGGUUCACUCAUAAAUCUAACUUACACCACGUAUGGGACAGAGAAAUUAUUCUCACAGCAGCAAAAGACUACUACGACAACGAUAUCAACCUUCUCCAACACGCCAUUCUACAAAACCUCACCCAUGGGAUAUGGACGGAAGAUGUUGAGUCGUGGAAGGAAUGUGAUGAUCAUGAGCAACCCUCUUGCGUAAAUAGGUAUGCUGCAGAAAGUAUAAAGUUGGCUUGCGAAUGGGGAUACAAAAAUGUAGAGGCCGGUGAAACUUUGACCGAUGAUUACUUCAACUCGAGGCUCCCAAUCGUGAUGAAACGUAUAGCACAGGGUGGCGUCCGACUGGCUGCCACUCUCAACCGCAUAUUUGGUGACUCCAACCUAUAAAAAUGGUGAUACAUAAUUUGCUACAAUAUCCAUUUAUUAUUACUAUUAUUAUUAUAUUAUUAUUACUGUUAUUUAAUUAUAUUAAUUUGUUACUUAAUUAAUUAGCUUGUGCGGACUAGUGUACCUCUAUUUAUCUUUCAAUACUAUUUCAUGUAAGUGUAUGUGUUUGUUCCUUUUUCCUUAAUUUAAUUAAUUUAUCACAAUACAAUUAAUGUCAAUAAAAAAGAAAACACGAACGAUUUAUUCGAUCAUUGUUGGAUAAAGCUAUUUGUACCUAAUCCUACCUUAUGUAGGAUUAGAAAUACUUGCAUAUAUAAAUACAUGUACUCCUGUACAAUUAUUCAAGGAAAAUACAAUUCUUUCUUCAGUAGGGAUCUAUCCUGGGACAUAAACUCCCCAUUCUACCCCUGGUCAUUUCUCUGUUUUAAUUUUCAGCUUCAUUAAACCAAAGAGAAGAACCCACCGCCUCAUUAUUGCGGACGGGGAAAAGCUCGGCCUCAUUCUCACUGAAAGUCAAGUCGCCACCAUAUCUCUCACGCUUUGGAAAUGAAUUUCAACAUAUUGUCAUAAAUGAGGCAUGAAAAAAAUGAAAUUUGAACUCUUUAUAAGUACUGUCUACUUAGUUAAAUCAUUCACAAUUAAUCAAUCAAAAUGAGACUCACACUAAUCACUCUCCCCGUCCUAGCUUUCGUCCUAAUCCUUACCCCCACCUCCGCCACCCGACCACCGCCUCCGCCGGAGGCCGGACCCGCCACCCCCGGGUUCGGGCUGCCGGACUUUGGAUCCGCCGGGGACAGUUUCGGAUUACCUUCCGGGAUCGUCGGAGGGUAUGGGUCCGGAUCGUUCGGCGGCCCGAACGGGAAGUCCGGGGUGGUGAAUCAGCCGUUGGUGUGCCAGGACAAGGGCCCCUGCUUCCAGAAGCAGCUGGCGUGUCCGGCCAAAUGUUUCCAGUCGUUUGCCAAUAGCGGGAAGGGAUAUGGCUUCGGCGCCGCCGCCGGCGGAUGCACCUUCGACUGCAAGAAUAACUGUAUUGCCUCGUGUGCUUAAUUAAUAAUAAGCUGAUUUACCAAAAGCUUUCUCGUGAGAUUUAAACAAUAAGACUAUAUCAAUUAAUCAUGACUAUCUAUUAUUAGUAUGUCGUUAUUACUGAGUAUGAGAUAUGAUUAUUUUGGCACCAUUUUUAAUUGACACUGUUUUACCGUUGUCGUCUACUCUGUUCACACGAGAUUUACCUUAAAAUUGAAAGAUGCCCAUAAAUAGAUCUUUAUCGG